UUGUUUUCUCGAAGCCGCUUUUGCACGAUCGUAAACAAAUAAAUUUUUCAUUAAAUAUUUAUUUAAACCAUUAAAUAUGUCGGCGGGGUCAGUAGAUUUGAGUUCAUAUCGAGAUCAACACUUCAAGGGCUCGCGCACGGAUCAAGAGCGCUCGCUGCGUGAAUCUUGCACAUUAUAUGUGGGAAAUCUUUCAUUUUAUACAACAGAGGAGCAAAUUCAUGAAUUAUUUUCACGUUGCGGAGAAGUACGACGUAUUGUAAUGGGUUUAGAUAAAUACAAGAAAACUCCUUGUGGAUUUUGUUUUGUCGAAUACUAUAUGCGGACUGAUGCAGAAAUGGCAAUGAGAUACGUCAACGGAACUCGUUUAGAUGAUCGCCUCAUCCGUGUUGACUGGGAUGCUGGCUUUAUAGAAGGACGGCAGUAUGGUCGUGGCAAAACUGGUGGCCAAGUACGCGACGAAUAUCGGACAGACUACGAUGCCGGCCGAGGAGGUUAUGGAAAGUUGCUGCAGCAAAAAAUUGCGCCAAAUACAGACAAUCGUUGAAUUCGUUUUUUUUUUUUUUUAAUCAUAGCUUAGAAUUUAUACAUAAAUAUAAAAAAUGAAAACAAAAACUUAUAACUCGGU